GCCUAUAAGAGCCGGCGGCUGGGGCAGCCGACCCUCCGCAGCCAGCCUCGGCCCGUCCGCGCGCUACCCGCAGCCGCCAGCCACCCGCACCGAGCAUGAGGGAGAUCGUGCACAUCCAGGCCGGCCAGUGCGGCAACCAGAUCGGGGCCAAGUUCUGGGAGGUCAUCAGCGAUGAGCACGGCAUAGACCCCAGUGGCAACUAUGUGGGGGACUCGGACCUGCAGCUGGAGCGCAUCAGCGUCUACUACAACGAGGCCUCUUCUCACAAGUAUGUGCCCCGGGCCAUCCUGGUGGACCUGGAGCCUGGAACCAUGGACAGCGUCCGGUCUGGGGCCUUUGGGCACCUCUUCAGGCCUGACAACUUCAUCUUCGGUCAGAGUGGGGCCGGCAACAACUGGGCCAAGGGCCACUACACGGAGGGUGCCGAGCUGGUGGACUCGGUCCUGGACGUGGUGCGGAAGGAGUGUGAGAACUGCGACUGUCUGCAGGGCUUCCAGCUGACCCACUCUCUGGGCGGGGGCACGGGAUCCGGGAUGGGCACACUGCUCAUCAGCAAGGUGCGCGAGGAGUACCCUGACCGCAUCAUGAACACCUUCAGUGUGGUGCCCUCACCCAAGGUGUCGGACACAGUGGUGGAGCCCUACAACGCCACGCUGUCCAUCCACCAGCUGGUGGAGAACACGGACGAGACCUACUGCAUCGACAACGAGGCCCUCUACGACAUCUGCUUCCGCACGCUCAAGCUGGCCACGCCCACCUACGGGGACCUCAACCACCUGGUGUCGGCCACCAUGAGUGGUGUCACCACUUCCCUCCGCUUCCCCGGCCAGCUCAAUGCCGACCUCCGCAAGCUGGCCGUGAACAUGGUGCCCUUCCCCCGCCUGCACUUCUUCAUGCCCGGCUUCGCCCCACUCACUGCCCGGGGCAGCCAGCAGUACCGGGCCCUGACGGUGCCUGAGCUCACCCAGCAGAUGUUUGAUGCCAAGAACAUGAUGGCUGCCUGCGACCCCCGCCAUGGCCGCUACCUGACCGUGGCCACCGUCUUCCGCGGCCGCAUGUCCAUGAAGGAGGUGGAUGAGCAGAUGCUGGCCAUCCAGAGCAAGAACAGCAGCUACUUCGUGGAGUGGAUCCCCAACAACGUGAAGGUGGCCGUGUGCGACAUCCCGCCCCGUGGGCUCAAGAUGUCCUCCACCUUCAUCGGCAACAGCACGGCCAUCCAGGAGCUGUUCAAGCGCAUCUCGGAGCAGUUCACGGCCAUGUUCCGGCGCAAGGCCUUCCUGCACUGGUACACGGGCGAGGGCAUGGACGAGAUGGAGUUCACUGAGGCCGAGAGCAACAUGAACGACCUGGUGUCCGAGUACCAGCAGUACCAGGACGCCACGGCUGAGGAGGAGGGCGAGAUGUACGAAGAUGAUGAAGAGGAAUCCGAGGCCCAGGGCCCCAAGUGAAGCAGCUGGAGGGGUGUGGCCAGGGCCAAGAGGUCUGUCCCCCAGAGCCAUGUAGCCACUGACACCGCCCCCCGCCUUGCCCCCACCAGCUCCAGUCACAUCAGUCUGGGCUCCCGAGUGUUUGUUCUCUGGUUGUUAGGGCAUCCCCACCCGAUGUGAGUCUACCCAGCUCUGUCUUCCUAUCAUAGGUCAUCUCUGUUUUUGUGUCUCUCAUUUGUCUCUCUGCUUUAUCGUCCAUUCCAGGCCUGAUGUUUUGUGGUUUGUUUUGUUUUUUUACUCGUUUGUGUUUAUAUUUUGGGGGGAUACUUAAUAAAUUUAUUGCUGUCAGAUA